GCGGGGCGCCGUCAUAUGACGUAUGCACAUCCGGAAGCUGCGCCGCACGCACGGGUCCAUUCUGCAGAGCGUCGCGAGUGCACCUGGAACCAGCAGAGCCUCCUCGUAACCCGGCAACCAGCCACAGCGGCGACCAAUCGGCUCUCUGCGCGGCUCGGGGCGUCGGGGUCCGGUGGAAGGAUGGAGCUUCAGUCAGAGCUGCUGAAGGAGGGAGGAGACGAGGAAGGAGGACAGAAGGCACCGACGAAGAGGAGCCGAGAAGACGAUGGCCGGGUCUCACCACCCAACAUCCUGGUGACGGAUCAUGGUGUGAAGGUCGCCAGUCACUACAACCGCCUGCAGGAAGUCGGUCUGGCUGCGAGAAGUCGAAGCAAAAUCUUCUUCAUGAGGAACUUCAACAACUGGCUGAAGAGCGUCUUGAUCGGGGAGAUCCUGGACCAGGUCCGGGGGGCGGGACCUCGGCAAGUCUCUGUGCUGGACCUCGGCUGUGGAAAAGGAGGAGACCUGCUGAAGUGGAGGAGAGGAGGGAUCGACCACCUGGUCUGUGCAGAUAUCGCUGCGGUGUCGGUGGAGCAGUGCCAGAGUCGCUAUGAAGACAUGAAGAAGAAAAGCCACGCCAACGAGAAAAUCUUCAGUGCCCAAUUCAUCACAGCAGACUGUGCCAAGGAGGUUCUGUCGGAGAAGCUGGAGAACCCGGAGCAGAUGUUCGACAUCUGCAGCUGUCAGUUCGUGUACCACUACUCCUUCGAGAGCGAGCCGAAGGCCGACAUGAUGCUGAGGAACGCCUGUGAGUGCCUGAAGCCUGGAGGGUUCUUCAUCGGAACCACGCCGGACGCCUUCGAACUCGUUAAGCGUCUGGAGGCGUCGUCCUCCCUGUCCUUUGGUAGCGAGGUGUUCCAGGUGUCCUUUGGUUCUAAAGGGUUCUACCCUCUGUUUGGCUGUCAGUACCACUUCAGCCUGGAGGCCGUGGUGGACGUCCCCGAGUUCCUCGUCUACUUCCCUCUGUUUGAACACAUGGCGAAGCGGUACAACAUGCGCCUGGUGAUGAAGAAGAGGUUCUCUGAGUUCUUUGAGGAGAAGGUGAAGAAGGAGGAGCAUCGCAGCCUCAUGAUGAAGAUGAUGGCGUUGCAGGUGAAAGAGCUCCUCUCAAAGUCUGGAGGCCACAGGGGACCCUGUCUCACUGGUCACAUGACAUCUAUUGUUCAUGUCGUGGAGCCGGUAGGGGUCAGGCUGGGGGUCAUGGAGUCUCGUGUUCCCGUGUCCGUGACUCGACUGAAGAGUGAAGCAUCCGAAGCUCGAAGCUGCAUCUCGUGCCGCUCGGUGAAUCUGUGCUCGUUGUCCUUCAGCCGUUUCCUGGAGAGGACGGAGGCCGGCAGGCGGCGGACGGCGGGGGCGAGUACUGCCAUGCUCAAGAGCACAGCGUCAAGGCCGGAGUCCAACUCCCACUGGGAACGCUCAGCAGCUCGGAGUGGGACGCAGCCAGUAUCUACCUGGUGUUCAUCUUCCAGAAGAUGUCUUGAAGCUCCUCAGAGGUCAUGACCUCUGCUGCUCCGCUCGUGCAUGUUGGGCGAUGCAGUUCUCGUUUCGUUCCUUAAGGAUUGUUUUGAUAAACUAUGACCUUUAUUAUCUAAAUAAAUUCACAGUGAAUAGA